ACUCCAACCACAACAACCACAACCGCUGGCCAGUAUGUCGGGCUUUGGACCGCCUAGUACGCCAGGACGGUCAGUUCGCACUUAUCAGUCAACGACUCCGGCCGGACCGCCUCCGACAUGGCUCGAGAACACUGGGAAAUCCACCACUCCCGCUGGCGAGCCACCACGAAGCUCGCGGUUUGGAAGGAGCUCCUACAACCCGACCAAGAGCCCCAAUAGAUAUGCGCGCAAAAAGCCCGAUUUUGCCGUGCCUGAUGACGACGACGAAUACAGCGAUGAAGAUGCCAUGGGCGAGGACGACGAUGAGUACAACUUCCACCAGUCCGCGUGGUCGGGCAGAGGCGAGAGACCAGCAGCACCGACACCACCGCGAGGUCUCAAGCGCGAUGCCUAUGGAGCGGUGCGCGAGAACAGCGGCAUUGCGGAGGUCGCACGCAACAGGACGAACAACAGCAGACCCGCUCAGCUGAAUGAACCGGAGGUAGUGAUUCUUCAGAGUGAGCGCAUCGUGUCAGGUCUGGAUGUCAAAGCCCGGCGCAGAGACGUGGAGGGGGAUGUUGCGCUGGUAGAGGCAGCGGCAGAAUUGUCAAAGACGUGGAAACAGCACAGCGACGUCAAGACCAAGACGGGAGCCAUUGGUCCUCAGUCGAAGGAGGGCUUCACUAAAGCCAACUAUCUUGCCAGUCUACUCUUGCAAUUGCAUCACCCUCACACAAACAGUCCAAAGCAGCAACCUGGACGAUUACGAAACGGCUCGCUGCCGCCGCCUUCGCAUAGCACUUCGGUUCCACGAGCGCUCCUAGAUUGGCUCGAGACGUGGCAUCGGCCAUUCCCAGACGACUACGAUGCGAUCCACCUCAACGAGCCCUCUCCGUCUGCCCACGAAUCAUUCUGGGACGUGGUCUUUGCCAAUCUCCUACGCGGGCACACUGGUCGUGUUAUCAGACUGUUGAAGGAUGCGGGUUGGGAGCACGCGGAUAGCGCACUCGAUGAUGGAUCGAGCGAGCCUGGGUAUCAUGGGAGACAGCUGGACAACAUCGUCGCUGUCAUGGAGGAUUGUAUCCGUGUACUGGACGAGUGCCCUGGCUCGAGGUACAACAAUUGGGAUGUGAAGAGCAUGGAAUGGGCUGUCUUCAGACAGCGUGUAAGGUCUUCCUUGGACGAUCUUGAAGAGUUUGCCGAAGGCGAGGAUCUGGGCGACUCUUUGAAUGGGCAGAAUCUGUUUCAACGAAGUCUGGCGUCUAGCUUGAACAUGUCCACCGCGAGUCGCAAAGCGUCUAGCAAGGUGCCUUGGACCAUCUACGAAAACCUCAGGUUGCUCUAUGGUCUCGUUUUGGGCCAGCCGGAUCAGAUUCUGAUGACAGCACAAGAAUGGCUCGAGGGAGCACUGUACUUGACCAUCUGGUGGGAUGGCUCAGACGAGUCCGACUUGGACGCAAGUGUGAACCAGAACCAAAUAAAGCGAGCACAACAUCGGGCACGUGAGGUAGAUGUCGCACCAUUAGCGGCCUACCGUAGGAGACUAGCAGAUGCAUAUCUGAGAGUGCAAGAUCAGGUGGUCGAAGACGAUCAUGGACGACAGGUGCCGGAUGCAGUCUUCCAGCCAGACACCACUGACGAUGUACAACUUGGCUUGGCUUGCAUUAUGGAGGAGCAAGUCGACAGUGUUAUCAAAAUGCUGCGAAUUUUCAGCAUGCCUGUUGCUGUAGCGGUGGCGGAGAUUGCUGCUCUGGGUGGCUGGCUACCUCUUGCUCGUCCCAGCAGUAGAGGUGGCGCGUUGGGUCAAGGAGGGCUCUCUAAGGAAGACCUACUUGUAUUAUCGUACGGAGCCCCUGAUAAAGGCAAGGACGAAAUAGACAGAGAUGGUCUGCUUGCCGAGUACGCUGACUUGCUUUCUGGCAAGAGCAAGGUUGGCGAGAAGGAAGGCUGGGAACUUGCAGUUUCACUGCUCAAUCGCCUCGAUUCAAUCUCAACCGCUAACACCAGAAUUGGCGAGCUUUUGGAUCGCUUACAACUCACCAAUGAAGACACAGUCGACAAAGUGCUUGACGUCUGUGACGAACUUGGGCAGACGGAACAACGUCGAAACAUUGCCGAACGCUACGCAGACAAUCUGGCUGAGAACACACAGUCCUACGGGCCUGCAUUGAUCUAUUAUGCACGAGCGCACGCGAAGGAUAAGCUCAAGGACACAAUUUCACUACUGACUUCGCUCUCUUUGCUGCAUUCUACAGCUAUGCCUACCUCGAAGAACAUGGAUGCCAAGUUGAGCUCUCUGCUCAGCAAAAACCGUACUGCCCUAACAGACCUAGGGCAUUCCGACAUGGAAGCUGCAGAACUAUUGGCUUCCCAUCUCAGUGGAUACGCCACUCUUCGCAAGUUCUACGAUCUGCGUGACCAAGACAUCCUUGCCGCCUCGGACCGACCAUUGCACAGUCUCGAGCGCCGACGCCAAGCCGCUGCUUCACUCUUCGCUGUCCUUAGAAGUGCAGCCGACUGCAUACCAGGAGGACUUUUCGACCCGGAGGCGGAGACAGUGAUCCCUGUCGAAGGACUUCUUGCAUUGUUUGGCGAGGCAUUACCCUUCUUGGGCCAGGACAAACGCAUCUUCACGCAACAGCAAAUCUUCUCGCUGCUUGCGAUUCUUGAGGAUUUCGUGGCUGCACCGGGACGUAUACGAGAGAACUCAGAAUCAUUAUUGUCGGCCAGUUUGGGAGCGUAUCGAGAUGAGGUGAAUACUGGAACGGGACCAUUUGGAAAGAAGGGCAAAGCAAAGCGAAACGGCAAGGAAGAUUUGAGCAAGAGUGUCGGUUCCAGCUGGGAGCUACUGGCUGAGAGCGUUGCCCUCGACCCAAAGAAAGGUGAGAAGAUCACGCGCGCUUGGGAUUGGAGGCAAGGGAUUGUACAAGGUGGUAUCGAAGGCAAGGAAGAGGAAGUCGUUAAGCUGGUUCGGGAGGCUUUAGUGAGAGAAGUUGCAUCUGGUUGGGGAGGUCAGAUCAACUGGCAGUAAUCGUCUCGCAGAAGGACACGAAGGUGCUGGACGAAUAUAUGCCGGUUGAUGCCGACUCAAAGCAACUUCCCAGUGUUUUCCUUCAUUCGUCGCAAAAUCAUUUAUCCAGCCACUGAAAGAUCCUAUCGGCAUUUUUCAAGAUCUCACUUCUUGAUCGCAGUCAACAAAAUCGCCGUCUCACACAGGUCUCUGCCCUCAUCAUACUCCUCCUGCAUCACACGCUUAAAGCUAUCUCGACACGCCUUCAACUUCUCGCCCUCAAACCCCUCCAUCAAAAGAUUCACAAUCGGAUUCCCACCCUCGAAAAUAUACUCAUCGACCUCGUCUGCAUUCUUCCAUCCCCAAGGCGCCUUUUCGAUCUUCGAUUCCUGUACUUUCCAACCCGCUGCUUCGACACCCCGGAUCACAU